UGACAAUAAUCUUGCAACGUGAGCAGUCUUCUGAUGAGGACGACGUGCACCAAGUGUAGCUGUGAGUGGAUAGAGGCUCAGGGGGCACAGUAAAGUCUCAGACAGAAGACAACUACAAGACUUAUCUCUGUCACACAGCUUCUGGCCGAGCCAUCCAACUGCUGGUUUAUCUGCUCAGACACACACUCACUAGGGAAGUGUCACUCCGCCCCCCUCCACCUCCUCAUUCCUGCUGACUCCCUGCUCACCCUCUCCUCUUUUACCUUCUCGCCUCACCCCUCUCUGGAUGCCAGUAGCUUCUAGCCAUGGAGCAGACGACAGUCACACACCAACCAGGACUGUCAGUCACCAAAGCCUCAGCAUUAGCGUUUCAAGAGGAGGAAGUGGGGUGCUCCACCACAGGAAGUGAAGAUAACUGGAGGUCAAACGAUGUCCCUGCAGCGACAGAUCCAGUGCUCACACAGCCCGGCCUUGGCGUCACCACGACAACCAUCACCACCAUCACACAGACGGGAGGAGGCUGGAGCACUGGCCUGCUUGACGUUUGUGGAGACAAGACUACAUGCAUUCUCGGGGCCCUGGUGCCGUGCUGCUUAGACCUGAGUUUAGCUCACCAGUACGGCGAGUGUCUGUGCAUGCCUCUGCUACCAGGAUCCACUUUUGCCAUACGAGUUGGGAUCAGGGAGCGGUACAAGAUACGGGGCAGUGUGUGUGAGGACUGGACCACAGUGUAUUGCUGUUACCCUCUGGCUGUAUGUCAGAUGAUAAGAGAGAUGAAGCGGAGGAUGAAGACACAGACGUAUCAUGUGUCCACUGCCCUCGAAUGCUCCUGAAGAAACUGUAGACAGUAAAUAAUGCCUGUCCUUUAAAAUGCAACAGAGACUGGUGAGGGCCAACUGAGAUUACUGGUUUUAAUAGCAUGAAGAAUCAAUACUAUAAGGUUUUGAACUUACUUUUAAAUGCCCCUGAGGAUGCCUUGGAAAAUAAAUCAAGCCUAUCCUACAAAAUUCAAAGAAGACUGGAAAGGACGAACUUGGAUUAAUAGCAUAAACAACAAAAAGAAUCAGAGCUGUAAGGUCUGAACCAGUGUGUAGGGCUUAAAACUGCCUUGGAGGUUAUUAGAUUCUAACUGAAACCUACCUUUAAACUGCUGUUGGGCUGUUGAUGAAUAAACUUGGUAACAAUA